AUCAAGUAGCUACUCUUUAAAUAUAACUCAUCAUUUUGACCUCUUAUAGACAUGUUUAAGAUAAUACUAUAAUACAUUCACCCAGCUAGUGAACUACCAGGUACCUUAUAAAACGGAGCAUACAACGAGCUACAAGUAUGGAAUACAUAGAGGUGACUGGAGCUGAUGUGGAGCCUAUAAAGGAACCAUUAGAAAAAAGCUAUAUCCACGUUGCAUCUAACCAUGCAAUUACAUCUGACACCAUGUAUGACUUGAUGCGCAAUUUGAAGGACAGCGAACAAGAGGCAUUUGUAUUCAUGAAUCCUGACGCAUCUCGCAAGAGCAGCAUCACAUUUAAAAGAUGGGUGGCUAUGUCGGAGAACUUCGCUGUAUCAAUGGCAGAAUUGGGCGUGAACCCUCGUGAUAAAGUUGGUGUGAUCAUACCCAACUGUGAAGAAGUCGUGAUCACUGUUGGAGGGUUAAUACAUUGUGGUGCGCUACCAGUAUUCCUGACAUACGACCUUAAAAGCGGGAAAGACAUAGAGGUUAAAAUCAAGGACACUGAAAUCAAGGUGAUCAUAUUACACAUUGGCGAUGAAGCUCAAAGAGAUCUUGUGCUGAAACUAUUCGGGAAAGUAUUAAACGAUGAAUGUGAUGAUGCGAUGCCUUCCCUGCAACACAUAAUUCUGAUCACGGAUGAUGUUCUAAAGGGUGCUAUCGAUUUCAACGAUUUACUGAAGGAGACAUCUGUUGAGAAGAAAUCAGGAAUACUAUUGAGAAAUGCCAAUAUCUCUAUGGAUGAUGCUGUGUGGAUUGGCCUUACUUCAGGAAGCACGGGAAAGCCUAAGUACUGCCCAAUGCCCAAUAGAGUCAUUAUUCACAUGGCUCGUUGCUUCGGUCUCAGGACAGCUCAUUCCAAAGGCACCAUUAUGUUCAAUGAUCGUCCAAUGUCCUGGGCAGGGGGUGCAGUAUCAUUUACAUUUGCCUUAGCAAAUGAAUACACAAUAGUAACAAUCGAUGUGAAACAAACAGUGAAGAAUUCUGGGCCAGAGACCAUCUUACAGCUUAUCCGGGAUGAGAAAGUAAACAUUGCUCUUUUAAUGCCGUAUCUAAUGUAUGAUUGUUAUAAACAUGGAAACUGAAGAGCGCAAGAAAUAUAGCAUUUCCUCAUUAAAGGUCAUACUCACAGGAGGCCAGAGAAUAGAUCCAGUUCUCAUCGAGAGUGUCAAAACAAUAUUGGGUGUUGGGGUGACUAUUGGCUAUGGUAUGACAGAAGGUGGAGGGAUUACCUGUAUGUUUCCCCAUGCUGACUUCACCAAGCAGCAUGUAACUGUUGGAUACGGGGUUGCCCAUGUUGAGAUCAGCAUAAGAGAUAAAGAUAACAAGAUUGUACCCAUUGAUACCCAGGGGGAAAUAUGCACCAGGGGACCAAAUAUAUUCCAUGGCUACUUUAACGAUGAGGAGAAAACAAGAGAAGUGAUCGAUCAAUAUGGUUGGCUCCACACAGGGGACAUUGGCACUCUAACCAAAUAUGGUUAUGUCACAAUCGUGGGCCGCCUUAAGGAAUUCAUCAAACGGGGUACCGUUAUUGUUCAACCAAGUAAGAUAGAAAAUAUACUCGUUGAGCACCCGAGCAUCCAUCAAGUCCAAGUAGUUGGUGUUCCUGACCCUCGACUUUUUGAGGAACUCUGCGCAUGUAUCAAGGUCAAAGAUGGACAGAUGCUAACUGAGGCGGAAAUCAAAGAAUGGUGUGCUGAAGUGUUUGGAGACUUCACAGCGGAUGGUCUGAACAGUGCACCGAGGUAUUUCCUCAUGUUAGAUGAGAUACCUACACUUAUGAAUGGAAAGAUUGAUCGUAAUGGCUUGAAGAAACUUGCAACAGAAAAAUUUGGACAAUAAAUCAAAAAGAUACUAAAUGACAUUUAUCUAGAUCAUUUCUGAAAGAAAAAUAGGUCAAAGUAGGGUCGAAAUGUUCUUUUGAUGUAUAACAUUACAUCACAACUAGGACGGAUUUUAAAAGGGGAAUAC